CUUAUGUCCGUGUGUCCGUCUGCCCGUGUGUGUGUGUGUGUGUGUGUGUGUGUGUGUGUGUGUGUGUGUGUGUGUGUGUGUGUGUGUGUGCGCGCGAGUCAGUUUCACUCCUCAUCAUGAACGGUCAAGAGUUCUGCAAGGCGAGCGUGGAGGAGGCAAAGGACAUCUGGCGGUCUGCGGACGCUGUGUGUUUUGACGUGGACUCUACAGUAAUUCAGGAAGAAGGUCUCGAUGAGCUGGCCUGCUACUGUGGCAAGGGCAGGGAGGUGAAGGAACUCACGGUGCGGGCCAUGCAGGGCGGGAUGAGCUACAAGGAGGCGCUCAAACAAAGACUGGAUCUGCUUCAGCCCAGCCUAGAGACCAUCAGGAGCUUCACGCGAGCACACCCGCCAAAACUCACCAAGGAUGUCGACAAGCUGGUGGAGGUCCUGCAGGAGAGAGGAGUGGAUGUCUACCUUGUCUCUGGUGGUUUUUGCUCCCUCAUUGCUCCUGUGGCCAAGUUGUUAAAUAUUCUUGAAAAUAUAUUUGCUAAUAGGCUCAAGUUCUUUUUUGAUGGUGACUAUGGUGGUUUUGACGAGAGCCAGUUGACAAGCAGGACAGGAGGCAAGGCAGAGGUGGUGUCCUAUCUGAAGAAGCAGGAAGGCUACACACGUCUGGUCAUGGUUGGGGAUGGCAUCACUGACUUGGAAGCCUGUCCCCCGGCUGACACCUUUGUGGGGUUUGGUGGCAAUGUGGUGAGGGAAGUGGUGAAGGAGAAGGCCCCCUGGUUUGUGUAUGACUUCGGGACUCUUAUCGCUGAGCUGCAGAAGGACUAGCAGAGGAGGAAACCAGUGCCUUAUUCAGCGCUGGGGAACACUUGACCAGCUGUGUUGAUGUCUGUCUAUCGGCCUUAUUUGUGUGUGUGUGUGUGUGUGUGUGUGUGUGUGUGUGUGUGUGUGUGUGUGGUGUGUGUGUGUGUGUGUAUGGGUGGUGGUACGGUAAUCGUUUAUGUUCAAUUUGUUUUUUUCUUUAUUUUUUUUAAGGUUUAAUAUUUUUUGGUAAGUAAUUUUCCUUGUUUUUAGUGAAUGUUUGUUUAACCCCUUCAGUACUGGGACACAUUUUUACCUUGAGUUUUGUGUACAACUAGACCAUUUUAUUUACUUUAGGAAGGGUCUAUGGAGGUCAGAAGAUUAAUGGCCAGGAUCUUCACUAUUCUAAUCCCCCUAUAAGUCUCUGAAGCUGUAUAGAAUCACCAAAUAGUAAGCAGAAUGAAUAUGGAAAUGCGUCUUGGCACUGAAGGGAUUAAAGCUUUAAUUUCAUAAUGUGAUUUUGGGUUUAUUUUAUGGCAGCAUGUGUGUGUGGCCGCGUGUGUGUGUGUGGCCAUGUGUGUGUGUUUAUCAGUGGGAUUAGCGCUCCUAUUUUUCUACUUACUUUUGGCUAAA